AUGCUCAAGAAGAAGGAGAAGCUCGAGCAGAUGCGCGAGCUCGGGCGCGGCGGCCUCACCAAGGGGCUGCAUUUCCUGCGCACGGCCGCCGCCAACGCGUCCCUCGAGAACGGAGACGCGGCAGCCGCCCCCAGCUCCAGCGCCAGCGCCGAGGGCUCCAACCGCAUGACGUACGAGGAGCUGCUGGCGCUCAGCAUGAAGCUCACGCGGCAGAACAAGCUCAUGAAGGCGCAGUACCAGAAGAACCAGAGCAAGCUGGCGGCCGCCGCGGCCAGCGACGCCGACGUCAAGGCGCUGCGCGGCUUCCUGGAGCAGGAGGUGGGGCUGGACGUGGCCGCGUGCCUUAAGGCCGAGGCGGCGGCGAAGGAGGACGCAGAGGGUCGCAGCCCCGGGGCCAUCGACGUGGCCGCGCUGACGGAGAGGUACCGCGUGCUGGCGGAGCUCAAGCACAAGGAGCAGCAGACGACGACGACGCCGCAGGUGGAGAGCGUCAACCUGCUGGACCUGUCCCCCGUGGCCACGGACAAGAAGCCCGAGCGCUACGAGGAGAUCGACCUGCUGGGGGACGCAGGGGCACAGGGAGACGCGCAGCUGGAGCAGGCCAUGCAGCAGGUGGAGCGCAUGCGGGAGCAGCUACGACAGGGCGCGGAGCACACGCAGGAGCUGGAGCGGAAGCUGCUGGAGAGGGAGGAG